AUGUCGGAAUCCUCUAUGCGCUUGCAUUUGCUCUUGCUGCUCUUUUUCUGUUGUGUCUCCCCUUCAAGCUUCUUCACUUUCAACUUCCACUUUAAAAAUCCUGUUGUCGGCCUUGUUGCUUGUCCUCCCCGCCAGAUCCAAGCCUUUAUGGAGUUCAAGAACGAGUUUGAUACUCGUGGUUGUAACCACAGCGACCCCUUCAAUGGAGUAUGCUGCGAUAACUCGACGGGUGAGGUCACGAUGCUACGACUCAGGGCCUGCCUCAGUGGAACUCUCAAAUCCAACAUUCCUAACUCCUCUGCCUCAUCUAGGCUCGAGUUCUUGUACCUUGGGCGUAACCAUUUAGAAGGAAAAAUCAUAAAGCCGAUCUCAAAGCUCAUCAACCUCAAGUAUCUUGACCUUGGUUCCCUAAACACAAGCGACCCGAUCGACUUAAGUCUCUUCUCCUCUCUCAAAUCAUUGGUGUACCUUGAUCUUUCUGGUAACAGUAUAUCUCCGACCAGUUUAAGUUCAGAUUCACAUAUCCCAUUGACCUUGGAAGUGUUAUGCUUGAUGGAAUGUGGCAUCAAAGAGUUCCCAAAGAUCUUAAGGACCCUUCCGAAUUUGGAGAGUAUAGACUUGUCCGGCAAUAGAAUCGAUGGGAAACUCCCUGAGUGGUUAUGGAGCUUUCCUCGUCUCAGCGGAGUGUCUGUUGAAGAUAAUUCAUUCAAUGGUUUCCAAGGUUCGGUGGAUGUUUUAGUAAACUCAUCAGUGCAGAUCUUAAUUUUGGAUUCAAACAAUUUUGAAGGAGCACUUCCGAAUCUACCACUCUUUAUCAACGUCUUCUCUGCUAGUAUGAAUAGUUUUACUGGAGAGAUACCUCUUUCAAUCUGCAACAGAAGCUCGUUGUUUGGCCUUGAUCUAGGCUACAACAACUUUACCGGUCCAAUUCCUCCAUGUCUGAGUAAUAUCACUUUUGUGAAUCUUCGGAACAACAACUUGGAUGGAAGUAUUCCUGACGAGUUCUACGUCGGCUCCACUCUGCACACACUCAAGGUUGGCUACAAUCGACUAACUGGAAAGCUUCCAAGGUCUCUCCUUAAUUGCUCAUCUCUACAGUUUCUAGGCGUUGAAAACAACAAAAUCCAAGAUACAUUUCCUUUCUCGCUCAAGGCUUUGCCGAAUUUGCAAGUCCUUGUCCUCCGUUCAAACAAAUUCUUCGGUCCUAUAUCUCCUCCGCAUAAAGGUCCUCUCGGAUUUCGAUAUCUGCUAAUGAGUUUACUGGAAGCUUGCCACCAAGUUACUUUGUGA